AGAAAUUAAAUAUAUAUAUUUUUAAUGAAUUUAUAUAACAUAUAUACAUAUAUGUGAGUAUAUAUCGUGUCUAUAUAACGCGAGUAAAUGCACUGUAGAAGAUACUAUAUUUUAGCAUUCCUCAGAGAAAUAGUAAAUGUCACAAUACGACACAACGAUACAAUAUACAAUUGCCAAAUUGUGCUAUACAUAUUAUACAGUACCUAUAUAUAAAACAAUGUAAAAAUAACAAGUGUUGGAAAUAUGUAAAAAUGUAAGAAAAUAAGCUGAUCUCGUGAACGAUAAAGAAUCUAAAAUUGCAAGCCAUAUCAUACAUCAUGAUUAGAAUUCAUGUUGGAGAAUUUUUGUAUUUCCCGUACGUAAUUUAUGCACGCCUUUGUGUAUAAUGCAAUCGAAAAUAUACAAUCGGCAGCUAAGAUGAAUAUAUGUAAAAUCCGAGUUCUACAUCCUGAUAAAAGCUGGCCCCUCUCCGUUUUAUCGAAAAAAUUGAUAUAUCUAUAAAAUUCUUAAGAGGGCUCCUAUAUUAUUUUGCUCUUACAUUUCGUAUAUUAAUAUAUUAAUAUGAAAAAAUCUUUCUUAUAAGUUAAAAUAACUUAAUGACUUAAUACAUAUAUAAUAACACAUAAGAAAGAAUGUCAUGAUUUAAGCUACAGACGGUCACGAUGCAAAGAACUGUUGGAGUCGCUGUACCGUUCUACGAUCUAGAGCACACAAAUCAAAGUCGAAUGUCUUCUUUGUGAUCUCGUAUUGGCCAGUUUCCGCGAUUACCUGAACAACUCUCUGCAAUUCUUGAUUAUCCUGCAAAGUCAUAAUCUUCUGUUGCAAGUCUUUCAACUGUGACACGUAAUCUUCUGAAAACACUGGAGGCUCUCCCAUCUCUGACUCAACCAAAGUACUAUUCGUCGAAUCAGGCGCCACUUGUUCUGCCUCUGUCUCGAUACGUUUCUCAGUGACUUGUUCCAUGACACCGCGAUCUUCCUUGUCCUUCAUAUGAACUGUUUCUUGGUCCACCACUACCGGUGACUGACUCGAUGAAACUGGUUCUAAAGGAGAUGAUGAAGAAUGACCUCUGUCCUUUUUAACACCAGGCUCCUCGUCGCCUUUGCUAUCACUUCGCCGUUUUCUCUUUCGUAUUUCUUUCUCGUCCCCUUUCCCUUUUGGUUUUUCUCUUUUGUUCCGGUCUAUCUUUUCCUUCUUCAUGUCCAUAGAUGUUGCGGGUGAAACUGGCUUCGCCAUUUCCCUCGGCGAUGCGGAUACCGUUAAAUUCUCCACAUCUUUCUUAACAAUAGGCACUAAUUUUGCAUCAGAGAAAGAAUCGUCAUCUACGGAUGGCGCUGAAUCGCUACUAUCCCUUUCCGGCAUUUCCGCCAACAGUGUCGAAAGAGGAUUAGUUACUGAAACAUUAGGCACAUUAUUUUGCUUCUCUGCUGAAGAUUUUACCCUAUCGCGUCUGUCUUUCUUGUCUCUAUCCUUGCUGGAAUCCCGUUUAUCCUUCCUAUCCCUUUUUUUAUGCUUGUGUUUCUGCCUGUCUUUCUCACUUUUACUGUCCUUCGUUUUCUCGGAUUUGUCAGUCUUUUCCGACUUUUCCAUCUUGACCAGUUUAUCGUCCUUUGAUUUCUCACUAUCCUUUGGAAGUUUCGGUGACUUACGUAAGUCUUUCGCCGAUUUGUAUUCCUGACUCUUCUCUUUCUCGGACUUCUCCGAUUUCUCCGACUUGUUAUUUUUCUUCUCGGGUAGUUUUACAGCUUCCUUCGAGCCAGAUCGUUCUCCAUCUUUAUAUUUAUCUUUUCGCUCUUUAUCCCGAUCAUCUUUAUACCCUUUCUUAUCCUUUCUCUUGUCGUUCUUAGAAUCGAUGAUCUUGGAAUUAUCUUUCACUUUGUCUUUUUCUUUAUUCUUAUCCUUCUCUUUUUCGAAGGCUACCUUCUUCAAUUCCUUUUCUUUUGAUUUUGGAGAAGUGGGUCUCUUUGCAGGAGGAAGCAAAGGGCUACGUCUUUUUAUUGGAACUGAUGGAGAUGACGGCCUUUUAUUAGAGGGAGUGGAAUGACUCCUAUUUGCAGGACUAGAAGGCCUUUUUGGUUUCUCUUUAAUACGAUUUUUAUCCUGAGGCUGAUCUUUGAUUUUUUUAUCCUUUUUAUCAUCUAUUUUCUCCUUUUUAAUAUCCUUAUGUGAAUUAUCUUUAAGUUUUGUCUUCUCUCCUUUAUCGGACUUCUCUGAGGUAAAUAACGAUUUAGAAGCCGACGAUUUUUCCUGAACUGUAUUCUUUCUAGUGUCUUGAGAAACUUUCGUAGGUUUCAGCGGUGUCCCGAAUAACUCAGCGAAGGAAUUCGACGUUUUCGAUUCCAUAUUUUUGUGCUUUCUUAAUUCAUUACCACCCAUCUUUGGUUUACCAACCAUAGUUAAGGCCUUGGGUUCACUCUUCUCAGCUGAAUUUUCAGAACCGGAUACGAGAACACCGCCACCCUUCAAUAAUUUCCUCCUAAAUUCAUCCGAUGGAUUAUUAAUUAUUUCAGUAUGCCUUAUGACAUUUGUAAUUGCAGGACCACUAGAUUGUAAGUUAAGAUCAUAUAAAAUUUCUAUUUUUUUGCUACCUUCAUCCUUAUUUUUUAAAUAAAUGUGAAUUGGAAUCUCAAAACCAGCAUAACCAGACUCUUUUAUCACAAAUGGUGGAUCUUUCAAGAUCCUCCUUGGUCUUGAGAAUGUUUGAUGCAAUUGAAAAACCACUGGAAUAUAAACCAAGUGGUGGAUUUCAGCAUUGUCAAUACCUCGUACAAAUACUUCCCAAUCAUGAGUAUAACCCUGAGGAGUGGUACGCAUACGUACAACUGACGAGUGCCCACAUUCUAAUGUAAUACGAAUUGCCAUUCUCUCAUAUGAAAUUUUUAAUACACACUUUAACAAAGAAAAAUGAAAAGAGCUAAUUAUGCAGCAAUUACAUUACACUUUUAUUUAUCUCACUGCAUGUGAAUGAAAACUCUGAUAAAUCUAUAACUAUCAGGUCCUUCAUAAACUACUUGCAACGUAAUGAACCAUUAUUCAGGAACUUAUGCCAGAUGCACAAAUAAUGACAAUAGUUAUUUCCUAAUCUUUAUUCUCUUGAGGUUCUGGCACAUUGUUUAGUUACACUUGUUUUGUAUGAAAGUAUUCGUCACCUCAUUAGAAUAGAAUAUUGAGUUGAACGAAGAAUUUUCUGGAAGCAGUCCACCUCGUUGGAACUGUGAUAAUUCAGCAAUUUCGUUUAAGCGAAUUUCAAUUCGAUUAUCAACAGGUAGACUUUACACCAAGCAGUCGCCAAGCCAACUAGUCGCCAUUCCAUAAACUAGAACUAAAGUUCGAACAUACUGCCAUCUAGGGGAAAACACUAUUUUCUGUCGAAGAAUGCUAAUUCGUGCUUUUGUACAAUUUUGACCAAUCCUUGAGUGACAGAUGAUACGUUGUUUAUUAUUAGAAAAUAUUGUUCCAACGUAAAACUAUUAUUUACUGGUCAACAUUUCCAGUGAACGUAAAUUGUUGAGACAUUGCUUAAAUACUAUAUGUCAGUAGUGUAAUACUUUAAACACCAACUUUACUAUUCGAGUUGGUAAAUUAAAAUCUUUUUAAAAAUCAGUAAAUAUAUUAACGUAAAAUCAUUAAUCGUGAAUAAAUUUCUUAUAAAUAGAGAAAUCAAUUUUCAAAGAAGUAAAUCCAGUAGUAUUACUUAUAGAUAUUUAAAGGAAAAAAACCUAGUAUUUAUUAUAAAUGUAAUCUAUUGAUACAAAUUAUUAAUAACAAAAAUGUUAUCUGCCAUUGUAAAAGAGCACCAAAGUAAACAAGCAGCGAGAAAGGAGAGACAAGAAUUACAAACAACUACAUUGAACAUUAUUUUAACAGAGCAAAAGAGAAAGGAAGCUGUACAAGCUGCAAACAACUUAACCCAAGCUUUAGUUGAUCAUUUAAAUGUUGGAGUGGCGCAAGCAUAUCUCAAUCAGAAGAAACUUGAUGCAGAAGCAAAACAGUUGCAACAUAGCGCAACAAAUUUUGCAAAACAAACACAAUCAUGGCUGAAUUUAGUGGAAGCUUUUUCCAGUGCAUUAAAAGAAAUUGGCGAUGCUGAAAAUUGGGCACGUAGUAUUGAGGGGGAUAUGAGAACUAUAGCAACUGCUUUAGAAUAUUCUUACAAAGCUACUCAAGAAGCACAAGGAACCAGUACUUCUUAAAAACUCAAAAAUACAUUUAAGUGAACCUAAGGAUAAGUGUUAUUGAAUGUCAUUAUAAAUUUUAAUGUUGUUUUACGUUUGUAUCAUUACAUGUUAAAAUAAAUUUUAUCGUUUUUUCUUUCUAUGUUAAAAAUUUAUUUACUUAGCAAUUGAAAUUUGUUACAAUAAACAACAUUAUUUGUAACAUAUCUAGUGACAUAUCUAUUCAAUGAUAACAUAGUGACAAUAUCAGUGUAGCCAAUUACAAGUUCAAGAAUCAUGGCAGCCGGUCCUAUUGCCGAACGUAAUCAAGUUAAUGUUCAUAUGCCCAAAGAUAGAGUGACUCAAAUGCAUCAAGGCUAUGGGUUUGUAGAAUUUAUGGGCGAAGAAGAUGCAGAUUAUGCUAUUAAGAUAAUGAACAUGAUCAAAUUAUAUGGGAAACCAAUAAGAGUAAACAAAGCAAGUGCUCAUCAGAAGAAUUUAGAUGUUGGAGCUAAUAUUUUUAUUGGAAAUCUUGAUCCAGAAGUAGAUGAGAAACUGCUAUAUGACACGUUCAGUGCAUUUGGAGUAAUUCUUCAAACACCAAAGAUAAUGAGAGAUCCUGAGACGGGAAAUUCCAAGGGUUUUGCAUUUAUAAAUUUUGCAUCGUUCGAUGCAUCUGACGCAAGUAUAGAAGCAAUGAAUGGUCAGUAUUUGUGCAACAGACCAAUUUCCGUAUCAUACGCCUUUAAACGCGACGCGAAAGGAGAAAGACACGGUAGCGCUGCUGAACGAUUGCUAGCUGCUCAAAAUCCACUGAGUCAAGCAGAUAGGCCUCAUCAAUUGUUCGCCGAUGCUCCUCCGCUAGCACCACCGCCGAUUCCAAAUUCGAAUGCGGCGUCUCAUCAAACUACUCAUCACCCUCAACAUCAUGUGAUGCAUCAUGGGAUGGUUGUACCACCUCCUCCACCUCCGUCAACACCAGGUCCUCCUAUGGGUCACCCACCGCCACCACCUGUUCCACCUCCACCAGCAAGUGGUUUUCCUCCAGCAAACAUUCCUCCACCUCCAUUACCGCCAAUGUCAAUGGCAACGCAUCCUCCCUUACCACCUGGCAUGCCACCUCCACUGCCACCUAUGCCUGUUCCAACGUCUCAAUCGCAGCAAACGACACCCAGAAUGAUGGCGCCCCCGCCCCCUCAUUGGGCUGUAAGCGGGCCACCACAAGGUCAAUUUCCACCUCCUCCACCUCCCUCAUCUACCGGAGCACCUCCACCUCCACAAUUUGGACAAUUUCAACCACCACCACCGCGACCUCCUCCAACCUGGAGGCAUCCACCGCCCCCUCCUGUGUCUCAAGGUGGACCACCGCCGCCUCCACCACCGCAAUUUCGACCGCCUUUCCCGCCAAGGGGUCCUCCACCACCUCCACCGCCUCACGAUUCCACUCAAUAUUAAAUUUAUUGUCCCUUCACUUUUCAGGCGUUAUCCUUGUUGAAAACUUCACUGUAUUGAAAACCUCAUUGUUUGCACAUAUUGAUGUCUGUAUAAAUUUGUAUUUUGUAAGCACAAAGUCGCAAUAAAUUUCAAAUUUCCUUUCAAUCCCCAGCCUUUGAACGAUCAAUCAUGCAUGAUUGAAAAAUCGCGAGAGGUCGCUCAGAAUUUCUUCGCUCGACUUUUCAACGAUUACAAACGCGGUCAUUUAAUUUAACGCGGUCUAUCGAUUAGAAGUCGCGUGUGAAUAAGGACAUGCCAAGCUCUUGUUCUAUCGAUUAUUGCUAGCCUGUCCAGUCCAGUCAGUGAUAACACCGGACGGACAAAUGAGUGGCAAAACAGUUGUCCUCGGGUAUGUCACCACGUUGAAAGUAUUCCACGUCGUUCCGGCUGCGAGACCAAGGGAAAAAUAAAGAUUGCGAGGGGACGCUCGAGGAAUUACAUGUUUCUCGCGUAUCAUUAACCGGAUCUCUCGUGACUCAAUGUACGAUCAUCGAUCCGUGCGAGCUGCCGUUCGUUCGUCACUGUUUCAAUGAAAUUGAACAACCUCUGAUAAACUCGGAAUAUCGAAUAUCGACGAUAGAAAGGAAGUAAUCAUGCUCAAUUGAUCUGAUACGAUAUGGCACGUUUUUAUUACGAAUGCAACGCGGAUCUGAGAAACAGCACGGAAGAGAGCGAAACGAUCAAACCAUACGCGUGCACGCAGGACAAAUAUUGCUUGUACUGCUGUUGCAACUCGCAGUGUUGUCUGCUGAUACAAAGACGGCCUCCACGACACGUUUGGGAAGCCUGGUACUUUUGGCUAGGCGUUGCUUUACUCGCUGUUUUUAUCAUAUCUUCGGUGAGCAGCUACAUAGUCAGUAAUUGCAGACAUAAUAUUCAAGGUGUACCAUUAAGACACAGCGCGCACGGCAAUCAGCGAAACGAUCGCGGCGGCACCCGUCCGGGAAACAACCAGAAUGAAAUAUCGAUAAGCAUAAUCCCAACGUCGGAAUUCUUUCCGUCGCACAGGAAGAUGUUCGUGAUUGCCUCUCAACCAGCCGUAAAUCACCUGACCCCUGUCGUUGCGUGAAGUCGUUUCGUUUUUAACGGGACGAUUACGCCGGCGAGAGGAAGCCCGCGUAAAAGGAGCUGUGGUGGAUCAUCCUGUGGCAUUUUGCACGGUAAUACCUCUUAAAAGACGGCGUGUCGCAACGGAGAACUUUGAUCGGCUGGGACGACGCUCGUGUCGUCGUGGCCGCGUUAUUACGCCGCGCGGCGGACAUUCACGAUAAACGCGUCUUUUUACUCUCGUUCCCUUGGGGCAUAAUAACUGGUAGCGGUUCAAACGCUCUGAUCGCCAGCAACAAAUGAGAAAGCAUCUUGCCGAUGAGUACCGGCUUCGUAAUGGCCAAUUUGACACUGAAGCUACUUAGAUCGCGAUCUAAACUCCUGCUCCGGUUCUUUGACUUGCCACACGCGACGCACUCCAUUAGCAUAAAAAAUCCCGACCGAGUGUUUUACGACUAAACGAGUCGUUUUCCAAUUGAAAUUCUUCGUCGGACGAAGGCGAAAAGGAAGAAGACAAGAACAGCGAUGAACAGCGGGGAAUCGCAGGCACGUCCGAGCUUUAUAAUAACGCGUGGAAUCGGGAACAAUCGGUGGCACGUUUUUGUGAGUACAAAUCGCAGAUCGCUGUUGAUCGGGUUCGUUGGAUCGUUUCAACGCUUCGGGACAUCGGUCGAGCAUUUGGAAAUCUUCUCUCGUCUCGAGGCUGCGGCGCGGCCCGAUCGAAACUCGUUCUCGAGACCUCGAAUGGGCGUAACUCCCAUUAACAAUUAAGAAGACACGCUCGAAUCUGCUCGACGUAGCUGACCGGGCACCGAGAGAUCGGGGACUAAUUAAAAAGGACAAUCGAAGCGAAUGCAAGCCGAUGGCGACGUGUACUCUCUAUCUUCUCGCGCAUCUACCUUAAUCUCUCUUGCUUCCUCCUUUCCCCUUCCUCUGUAUCUUUCUCUUUAUCUGCUCAGUUCCUCGUCUUCCUUUUCCCUGUGACUCGUUCCGCCGCUUCGAGAUCGAUGCCGGCGAUAGCGGUUAAUCGCGGGUAAUCUUCGCAGAAGAGAGGAAUCGCGAAAAAACUUCGGCGUUUAUCGAGCCCCGCCAGGCGAACACGGAAACAUACGCGCAACGAUAAAACCAGGAUCUCCACUCUCGGUCACAAUUCUCGAUAGACGAUUUCGCCAAGGUGCACACUCUCGCGAGAGAGAUUCCUGCAAACUUUGCAAAUCGAAGCUUGUCGGCUCGUCGCACAUCUCCAACUCGAGUUAAUCUCUAAACGCUGCGAAAUGGAAGGCUUUCGUUGCACUUUCGUUUUGUGACGGAAAAAUUAAAUAUCCCGUUGUGCCUGUAUCGCGAGCAAAGUGUAAAAAUUUCGCGUCAACAAGACAAAUAACAUGAGUUCAAGAGACAGCGUAAACUUAUCGUUUUCCUUUAAAAUGCCAUAAUGUCGUUAAUAUGUAAAUGCUGUCAGUUCGUAAUUACAAUAUCCAUUUGCGUUAAACGGAAGUGUAUAUAAAUUUUAUAGGACCCGAUGAUCGAUGUGAGAUCCACGCGGUCACGCGCGCUCACUUCGAAUCACCUUCAGAAAAUGAAAGGAUUCGAUGCAAAGUGUUUUCAUUGCCAUAUUCCAUCUGCGUAAUGAUUGGCUGUGAUCACGUCAAUUCGCAAGCAGCUAUGUGGGAGUUGAACGUCUCAUUUCUAUUCUCUCAUUGGCACGUUAAUAUGUGUGUUAAGAGUUUGUUCAAUAACGGAACGUAAUAAUAGCUUGUAUCGGCAUAUGUAACGUGAAAAAAAUAUCGAUCGCGAUACUAAUUAGUAUGCACCGGCAGGAAAAAACAGCCACACGUUUGACAUUUUGCACAAGUGUAAUUAGCUGCGUAGGAUGAGAGUGGAAACUACUGUCCGAUUAUCAUAAGAAGUCGACGGCAGUGAAAAAUCCUAUGAUUCCGUUUCAAUGUGUUUAAAUAGUAACCAUAAUAGCGUGUGUUAUUUUUCUCCACGAAACCUACGCGUAUAACUUGCGCUUGCCACAAGACACGUCCAUUAAUAACCGGCGGUCGCCGAAGAUUUACAACUGAGAAAAUUCUCCAGUUCUCACGAUUGAUUCGUUGAUUUAAUGAAACUUAAUUAGGCUGAUACGUUCUUUCUCUAGAAACUUUCGCCUCGAACUCGGUUUAUGCAAAUCGGAAGGAAA